UAAAAAUUCAGUUGCAUUUGAGGCGAACUGCUGCAGGAGAAAAAAUGUUUGCGCGUCUAAAUUGUCUGUGUUGUUAUUGUCCUUCAGCACAUCAACCAAACACACCGCUUCGCAUUGUAAUGAUUGGAAAAACUGGAGUUGGGAAAAGUGCAGUUGGAAACUGCAUUCUCGGUAGAAAAGCUUUUAAAUCAUCACCAUCUGCAAACUCUGUUACUCAUACAUGCGGAAAAGAAAAGGCGAAUGACAAAAGAGACAUUUAUGUGAUUGAUACGCCUGGAGUCUUGGACACCAAUAAAUCACUAGAUAAGAUUAAACCAGAAAUCGUGAGAUGCAUUCAGGUGUCAGCACCAGGUCCUCAUGUGUUCCUGCUGGUGAUACAAAUUGGCCGUUUUACAACCGAGGAGCAAAAUUCUGUUCGAGCUCUACAAGAGCUCUUUGGUAGAGAUGCUUCAAAAUAUAUGAUAGUAGUCUUCACUCAUGGAGAUUCGCUUAAAGGUCAGACAAUCCAAGACUAUGUCCAAAAAGGCCAUGGUGAACUCCGAAAAGUCAUCCAGAGCUGUGGAAGUAGAUAUGUUGUUUUUGAUACCAGAAACAUUAGGAAUCGAUCUCAGGUGCAAAUAUUAAUUGAGAAAAUAGAUGAGAUGGUGGCAGCCAAUGGGGGAGGUCACUUUUCUCAAGAAAUGUAUGAAGAAGCAGAAAAAUUGAUUCAACAACAACAACGACAACAGAAAAUAAACAGAGAGCUUGCAGAGCUUCUGGAGUAUGAUUUUAGGUUUUUUAGGAUAUUGGAUGAUAGAAUUCCUUUGUUCCAACAAAUAUUGCUUGGGAACUAUUUCCAAAAUCUUGGGUUUGACGAUCAAAUGUUAUAAAUAUCACAUAUAACUGUCAGAGUGACAUAAUGAGCCUCUUGUAUUUUUACAUUAUUUUUUGUGUAUUUUAUGUAUUAUUUUCUUUAAAAUCAAUACAGUCGUUUUUAAAAUGGGUAAAAAUAAUCAAAUUCAGAAACAAACUGAUUACAUUUGUAUGCCUAAGUUUACUUUAGUUGUUUUAGUUAUUUUCAAUGCAGUCAAUUAAACUACACCAAGUUAUUUAAGCUUGUACAAAUGUUUAUUAAUUAAAUAUAGUGAAUAUUAUUUGGAUUAUGCA